CUCACUCGCCUAUAAAUAUCCCUCGCUGCCUGCCAUUGUUCCUCAAGCCAGCAAGCAAGAAGCACACAGGAAGCUCCUAGUCAACACCAAUCAAAGCCUCCAUCCAAUCCCAAGCAACCUCGAAGAUGUCUUGCUGCGGAGGAAGCUGCGGCUGCGGCAGCGCCUGCAAGUGCGGCAAUGGCUGCGGCGGCUGCAACAUGUACCCGGAGGUCGAGGCCGCCGGCGCCACCCUCCUCGUCUCCGCCACUGCCACCCACAAGGCGAGCUCCGGCGGGAUGGAGAUGGCGGCGGAGAACGGCGGCUGCGGCUGCACCCAGUGCAAGUGCGGCACCAGCUGCGGCUGCUCCUGCUGCAGCUGCUAGAUCAUUGAUCAUGCAUGCGCCGCGUGCAUCAUAUCUAUGAUCUAUCUACCAUCUACUACCAUGUAACGCUGCCUGAUCGAGGGUCUUUGUAUGUAUGUACGCACCUGCCUGCAUGAGCAGAGCGGGUGCCAUGCCAUGCAUGUAAACCCCUAAAUAAAAUCUCCCGUGGUUUUGCUUA